ACCGCAGUCUACCUCUCCUCCUUCCUCUUCCUCCUCCUCCUCCUCCUUCCUCCUCCUUCAGCCGCUCAUCAUGCACGGACUCACCGCGUUGUUGUUGUGGCUGCAAUUCAUCCUCCUGUACGACUACACCACCAGCCUCCAGCUUCUCUUUGCCCUCCAUUGUCGCAACAGCCACUGGCUUCUUUUCACACUUCAGCAUUGCAUCCUCCGGUUUGACUCUCGUACUCCUGGUAUACUAUCAUGGGGGUUCCAUUUGAUUUUAAAGGUGUGGUGGUGCACAAUCUUAUUGAAGAACCUGGGGAUUGAAGGUUAUGGUCGCAGAUUUGCGCAUUAUACCAACAAAGGCGCUCAGAUGGCCUGCAGAUCUCUGCGACCAGUCUUCCGCAUCUCCAGGCAGAGGAAAUAUGUGCUUGACAUGAAACCUCAGAUCUCUCUGAUCCGGGGCAGUCAAGGUACGGUCAAGUCCUCUCCCGGGGGAGAGGUCAGUCCCAUCUUUCAGGCAGAGGACAUGCAGCAGCAGAUCAUUCGGGAGACGUUUCAUUUGGUGUCAAAGCGGGAUGACAACGUGUGUAAUUUCUUGGAGGGUGGAAGUCUCAUCGGCGGCUCCGACUACAAGCUGAUCUACCGCCACUACGCCACACUCUACUUUGUCUUCUGUGUGGACUCGUCCGAGAGUGAGCUCGGCAUUCUGGACCUCAUCCAGGUGUUUGUGGAAACGCUGGAUAAAUGCUUUGAGAACGUCUGUGAACUGGACCUCAUAUUCCACAUGGACAAGGUCCACUACAUACUGCAAGAGGUGGUAAUGGGUGGCAUGGUCCUGGAGACCAACAUGAACGAGAUUGUGGCUCAGGUGGAGCUGCAGAACCGUAUGGAAAAGUCGGAGGGCGGUCUGUCUGCGGCACCCGCUCGCGCCGUCUCCGCCGUGAAGAACAUGAACCUGCCUGAGAUCCCGCGCAACAUCAACAUUGGAGACAUCAACAUCAAAGUGCCCAGCCUCUCCCCUUUCUGAGUUCAGCUCUGCAGGGGGCGGGUGGGAUCCAGUGCCCCCUCCUUGCUAGUACGCAGUGAACUUGAACUCUCCCAACCACGGCAGCAUUCACGACUUCACAUUCUGGCUGCUCUUGUGUGUGCGGGACAGAAGCUGGGAGUCGUUUCCGUGUUGUUGUUUUAUUUCCGACGUACUGUCCUUGUUCAACUUGCACAAUAUUGUCAAUGUGUGUUCCAUGAAGUGGUGGUUGGGAACCUAUGGCAAGGGGACCACAUUUGUUGCAACACACAUUAUAAAAACAGCUGAGUUAUUUGAAUUUCGUCUUUUAUGGCGAGUCACCAAAUUUUGCUGUCAUGCUAUGCCCACACACAAAGCAGAAAAUUCGAAUCCCUUGCAAUUUAGUGUCAUUUAUGUGUCUGGUAUACUGUUGUCUAGUAUAUGGCCUGUAGUAUAUGCUUCAAAUCUGCUAGCAAUCAGAAAAAUUCUGUCAGAGUUGUAUGAGUUGGUCUUUGAAGGACAUCUCAAAAUGACCAUAGUGACCUUAAGAUGGCCGCUUCAAAUCAAACAUGGCAGACUCCAUGUACAUUGCAGGGCAUUGGUUCUUGAGACUUUUUGGGGUUUAACUCAUCAUAAAGGUGUCUAUAAAAUGUCAUAGUGCUAUGUGAAACUAGCUUUGAGGUAUGAAAUUUCAAAAGUGUCCCGGUAUGUAAUAACAAAAACUCAAACUCUUUACCCUUCUUUCUAAUGUAUGUGAUUCAGAUUUGGUAGAAAUCGGUCAAAAUCUUUUGGACAAAUUAGCUUUGAAAAAUGGCAGGAAAUUGACAAAAUAUCCCUCAAAUGGCUGCUCCAGCCCAAAAUGGAAGACCUGUGUCCUUCAGGUUUGACUUUUUGAGUUUUGACUGACUUUUGAAUGACUUUUUUAUGAUAUAAAUGUCCACCCAAUUCCAUGUCAGUGGGUAAAACUGGUUGUUGGGGGCUCAAUUUAUUUCUGAUUUUCCAGGGGGUGCUACUGAGUAAGUUUACAAGGCCGUGCUGUUCUUUUCCAUAAAUUUCAUAUGGCCCCUGAGAGGAAAAUGGUUACCAUAAAACAUCCGAUGGAUGCGUAUAUUUCUGCGUGUUUAAUAUUUUAUGACUUGGAUGAAAAGCAUAUUUUCCUUCCUCAACUUGAUGCUCAUCACUUGUCUCGAUUGCGAGAUUUUCCAAACUCCAAAUCCCCCCACCCCAACCGUAACUCGAUCCCUUUGGCUCCCGUACAGCCUGGAAUGAUUCUUCUUCCAAAUGCAUGCCCAAACGGCUGCCUCUCCUCGGCGGACUGUCGUCACGAUCCAUUACUCCCGCUGUUUUGGGUGAAUAUUAAUCUCGCUGACAUAUGCGUGGGUUCAGGAGUCACAUGUUUCAGGAGUCACAUGAUCCCCCCUAUGCACGGAUGUUUUUAGUAACAAAUAUCUUCCUACCUCCAACUUCCCGAAAGUACAUUCCCCUUACACCAUUUCCGCUCAAUAGUGCACCACAGAUUUUUGGGAGAAUGCACGCCGCCGAAGUCUGUUCCAGUUUCAACGUGACAUUAAGGAGGCAUGUUUAUCACAAGUAUAGACCCACAAAAAAGACUCAAGUCAUGCCUGAAAUGACAGGAAGUUUGCCAUUUUGUUUUGAAGCCCCCACAAAAUUGACUUGGUAGGUCCCACCGUUAUUCCCCCCACCCCCCCAACUCCCAAAGCCAAUUUCAUUGAUGACCAUGAAAUUUGGUAGGUUUGUCUAUUGUGAACAAACCAACAAAAACGUCUCAAGAAUCCAUUCCUGAAAAGACACAGUAAGUCUGCCAUUUUGGUUUCAAGCCAGCCCAAAAUUUAUUGUAGCACCUACCACGCAGUAUUUAUAAAAAAACCAAAAAAACAAAUGUCACCUCACGAAGCCAAUUUCACUUGGAGCCUAUUUCACUGGGCUGGAGACUAGUUGGUGACCUGAUGGCUACUCGAGUCUCCGCUGGCUGGAAAGGCAGAUAUGGAGUCUGCUAUUUUGUUUAGAAGUGGCCAUUUUAGGUCCGUUGCCAAAUGGACGCAUUUCCUGAUGAACCAAUAAAUUUAGAUUUUGUCCGAUUCCUACCACAAAUACGAAAGUGGUGGUCGAUGGUACGUUGCGCAACAUUUUGACAAGUUGACCAAAUUGACCCCACAUUGCCUGCGUCUAACCAAAAUGGUGGACCUUCUGUGUCUUUUUGGGCUUGGGUUGCUAAGGCUGCAUUUCAGGUUGGUAAGAUCAACUGGUUUCAGGGGUUGUUGGUAUUUUUUUGUGAUCUCUACUCAUGACAGACAAGCCUACCAAAUUUCACGUUACUAAGGUCAAUUGGCUUCAGGGUCUGAUUUUAGAAAUAUUUUGGUUCAUGUUCAAUGCCAUUUUUUUGUGGGGCUUCAAACCAAAAUGGUGGAGUUCCUGUGUCUUUUCAGGCAUUCUUGAGACUUUUCUGUGGGUCUACUCAGGACAAAUCAUGGCUACCAAAUUACAUAUUGCUCAUUUGAACAAGCUUUCAAAUGGAUGAACAGGGGAAUGGAUUUUCUGAAUUGCAUCAAAUACCAGUACUGCCACAGGCUCUAAAUGGCCCACUGGUCCUAGGUUGCCCACCCCAAAUUUUUGUAUGUCUUGUAUAAAGUGUGUGUGUCUUAUUUACUGUAUUUAGUGCUUGAAAUGUUGACCCAAGGAAGCAUUACUGUCUAUGAAUAAAAGCUGCUGUCAGCCACAAA